AUGCUCGCCGACCUUGCAGCUGAGAGUGCUGGUAUUAAUGAGACGGAGCUUCCUUCUUUGGAUGCCUUUAUGGAAGCGUUUCGAUUGGAAGACGAUGCAGAGGCAGACGAUGCCAACGUACAGGGUUUCCAGCCACCCUCGCCAGCAUGGGAGGUGGAUGCUGUGAUUGUUCUGCAGCGUGGCCUUCGACGUGUGUGCACCUGGGGCAGCCGGUCGUACAGGCUGGCUUUGGCGAGAUUGGCUGUGCGGCAAUGCUUAAGCAAAGCGCAUUCUGCCAUACUGCGGCCCGUAGUCAGCACCUGGGGGGUUCGACUGACAGCAGCAUGA